UCCACCCCUUUGAUUUCCUUCACACAUUCACAAAUUCCCCCCUACAGCCUCUUCUUUCUAACCCUAAUUGGGACAUUUUCCCCAAAAAUAUUUCACCCAAUUUCUUCUCUCCAGUCCCAAAUCUGAGUCUCUUUUGCUUCAACUCUUUCUUUUUUGUAGAUCUGUAAAGAUACCGAUGGGUGGUGUUGCUGUUCUCCAUCCUCAAGAUUGUCUAAACGAUAAUAUAUUCUCUACGCCGGUGAAAUCUCGCCGAGCACCGAAACCUAGCCCUAAUUUUUCGAAUUCUAGCCCUAAUAUCACCAGAUCUGAAGGACGGAAACGAAGUCCACCAACUGGCGUACGAAGAAACAAAACGGCAACGGCGUUGGUUGUUGAUCCGCCACAGACGGCGGUCGCCAAGAAUCUUGUCAUGGGACAGGUGAAAAUUUUGAAACGAGGUGAACCUUUGGAUGAAUCAUCGACGGUUUUGAAGGAGAUGGAUGAUCGCAAGGUUUCAAACGGUACGGCGACGACGACACCGACAAAAGAAGUCGUCGUUGAUCGAAAGGCUUCCAAAGAUCCCACCGCGUCCCGGAGAGUUUUACCAACGAAGAAGAAAUCCGAGAAGGAGAAAAGAAGUUUCUCGAUUCCAAACCCUAGAACCGACAUUAAAAUUGACGAUUUUGCCCUUUCGUCAACAAACCGCUUAGGACCCGACCCGGAAAUGGUACCAAAACAGAUGAAGAAAAACAUCGCUGAGUUUUUCUUCGCAGGUUCCGCUUUCGUUGAUUCACCACCACCAAGCUCCCUCCCUUUGCCUGGCUUCUUUACAAAGAAUUUUGUCACCGCAGCCGUGAAGGAAGAUCCCAGCACCGAUCUCCGGCGGAUUCUCGGUUUAAACCUUUCAUAGUUCUAAAUAACCAUAAUUUCAGUUUCCAGAGUUGCUACAUAAGUUUGAUAGAUGAUGAAAAACAUCUUUCCUCCGAAUUUGACACAAUUUCCCUAAUUUUUGACUGGGAAAGUUUGAAUUCGGUAAGAAAGAUUGUUGUUUCUCAGCUAGAUGCCCCUUUAGUAGGAUAAUUAGGAGAAAAAUAUAGUCUCUUUAAGGUUGUUUUCUUUAUUUAAUUCAAGCUAUAUAUGAUAUCUACUAUGAAUUAAGUUUAGGAAUGUUACUGGGUUGUCAUGUAAUAAUCCGUUGGUGAUGAUUAUUGAUUAGGUUGGCCUGCUUUUCUUGUAUGUAAUUAAAGCAUAUUUACCCGAAUCAAAGUAUAAUAAUAAUAAUAAUACCGUUUGUUUGUU